AUGGGUAAUAAGAAAUCGAAGAAGAAUAAGAAGGGGAGUAAAUCAAAGAGAAAUCAUAAAGUUAAGGUUCCAAAUAUUGGAUUAUCAGAUGAUUCCUUUUUAGAUGCCUUGUUUAGUGAUGCAAUUGAUGAAUUUGAACCCGUGAUUGAAAUUAUUGAUAAUAAUGAUAGUGAAACUCUGCAAUUUGAUUCUGAAACUGUUAUUGGUAGUGGUGGAAUUGAAGUAUUUAAUUUUUUAGAAGCUCUUAAGAAUGGAGAAAUUCGUAAUGAUUUUGAAUGUGAUACUGCUGUUGCAUUUCCUCAUACUAAAGUAAUUGAAGAGUUAAAACAAGAAGAUGAAUUUCAAGAAGAAUCAAAGUUACAAGAAUUACAAGAUUAUGAAGAUGAUGAAGAAGAAGAUGAAUCAUAUGAACAAGAUGAUGAUGAUGAUGAAGAACAAGUUGAAGAAAUCAUUGAUCAAAGUAGAUUUAAUAAUUAUCCCCCUCCACCACCUGAAUUUUAUAAUCCAAUGAAUUUUGAUAAUUAUGGAGUUCCAAUUGAAGCUAGUGGAGUAUUUUCUGAAUUAUUUCAAAGAUUACAAGCUAGAAGAAAUAAUUAUUAUUUAAUUGAUAAAACUACUAGUACUACAGGUACUAAUAAUAAUGAGAAUGAUCAAUAUUAUGGAAAUUAUGAAACCAAUAUUGAUCUUGAUGAAGUUGAACCUGAAAGAAUUAGAUGGUUAAGUAAUAUAUUAUAUCAAGAUCCAUAUUAUUUCUUUGAUUAUUUUAGAAUAUCAAUUUAUGAUUAA